AUGACUGGCAAGUUAGUCGCUACCGCGGCUAUUGUGCUGGCGGCGGCCGCGCUUAUCGAAGGCACGCAAAUGAUCAUGGCCGCCAACGAGACGCAGUGCUUCACGACCUUUGCCAGCCGCGGCGAGAAACUCACCGGAUCAGCUGAAUCGGUGCCGGACGAAGCCGCCGUUAAACCGCUAAUCUACAAAGUCGACGGACCGACGUCGAAACCAAAAUCAAUUCCGACCCUUAUUGUGAGCGACAACCAGUUCGAGUAUGAUGUACCGGAAACUGGCCACUACUCCUUCUGCCUCACCAACAAGUCCUACUCGAGGAACACUGUGGUUUUCAACUACAGGGUGGAAACGACCCUCAACAAGGACCUCUCUCAGCUCUCCACCGUUGAAGACGCCAACGAACUGAUUACCUUCGCUGAGAAGUUGCUGGAGAACACCCACGUCAUCGUAGACCGUACAGAGACCUACAGCUCGAGGGAACAGUUGUACUCCGACAUCAUCGAUGACAUGAACGUCAGGAUCAUCAGAUGGUCCACCUGCCAACUGAUAUUCCUCAUCGUCAUCUGCUUCUGCCAGAUAUACUACAUCAGCUCGUUCUUCGAAGUAAAGAGCUUUGUCUGA